CGCCUUGAGUUGAAUCUGUAGCGUCAUGUCGGCCUCGGAUCUUCCUCCACUACCCCCGCAGUUCAAGGCUGUUCAGCAUGUUCUGAGAACCGCGCAGGAGCUGGAGAAGCGGGAGCCUGUGGUGUCUUAUUAUUAUUGAAGCACAGAUAACAAGAUAAAGGGGCUAAUAGAUACAUUAUAACAUAGAAAAUCACAUAGUUUUAUUGGCAUGUGCCUGUGUACUCAACAUGGGCCGUUUAUAUGCUAUGCAGACGGGUAUGAAGAUUGAUAGUAAAACACCAGAGUGUCGCAAAUUUUUAUGCAAGCUCAUGGAUCAGCUGGAAGCUAUGAAGAAGCAGUUGGGUGAUAAUGAAGCUAUUACUCAAGAAAUAGUUGGCUGUGCUCAUGUGGAAAAUUAUGCAUUGAAAAUGUUUCUUUAUGCAGAUAAUGAAGAUCGAGCUGGGCGAUUUCACAAAAACAUGAUUAAGUCUUUUUAUACAGCAAGUCUUCUAAUAGAUGUCCUGACUGUAUUUGGAGAACUAACAGAUGAAAAUGUUCAACACAGGAAGUAUGCCAGGUGGAAGGCAACAUACAUUCAUAAUUGUCUAAAAAAUGGAGAAACACCCGAAUCUGGACCUAUUGGAAUGGAAGGCGAAUACUAUGAUGAAAAUGAAGAAGUUGGAUCCCCUGCUCUGCCUGGCCAAGAAUCUCAGGCAUCAUCAUCUGCCUUGGAGCCAAGCAAUGUGCCCACAAGCAAUUAUACUGGCAUACAUAUCCCACCAGGAGCUCAUGCUCCAGCUAACACUCCCGCUGAAGUUCCUCACACCACAGGUGUGACAAGUGCUUCAAUUCAACCCACUCCUCCAGAUGUCCCCAUUGUAGAUCCUUCACUUUAUAAUGUGCAACCUGCAGGGGAACUUCGUUUGUCUCCUGAAGAUUUUGCCAGGGCUCAGAAAUAUUGCAAAUAUGCUGGCAGUGCUUUGCAAUAUGAAGAUGUGAAUACUGCUGUUCAGAAUCUACAGAAAGCUCUCAAGUUACUGACUACGGGGAGAGAAUGAUGCCUUUGUCCUGCAGAUUCAUGACUUUCACCUAAAGAACUAACAGUCUAUUAAUUCCUACCUUCAGCCUGUCAGGGAAACACAGUUGCACAAAAGCAUUUGAUUUCUGUGACAAUAAAAGGAAAUCUGUGUAAGAUUUCUUUCUGUAGACUAGUGUGGAGCUACACUUAAAACGUCCGAGUAGAGCGACAAAAUGACCUGGCUACAAUAGUUUGAAUUCUAGAUGUCAAUUAUCGGCACUUCUAGGCCAGCGUUCCAAAACACCCCAACAUUUGUCCUGUGUUUAGUAUUCACAAACUGGAAGACAAACGGACCAGUUUUAUUGGAUUGUGCCUAGAACAUGUUGCAAAUGUUGUAAACAAAAUACACUUUUUCAAAUUGAACAUUUGACAUAAUAAAAUGAUAUGCCAGAAGAAAAUAAAUGCUUCAGAUGGGUUUUGUUUUUUAGGAAUUUGUUAUAUGAAAGCUUUGAAGAUGCUUUAGACGAACCACUGUGUUCCUGAUCAAAGCUCUCAUCAGAAUUUUGUUAUCUACCUCUAUGUGGUUGAUUUCUUUUUUAAGCAUGAAAGAUAAUACACCUGAAAUUUAAAUUCUAAAUGCAGACAGAGAAUUUGGGUUUGGGGCAAAUACUGGAAGAGAACAUGACUAUAAUAGGAUAAUAAAAUAUUUGGACUUGAAAGAAGUUGAGAGUUCUUCAUAUACAUCUACUGUUCACCCACAGAAAGAUUUCUACACCAUCACUGAGUUGUAUACUCUAUUAAUAUGUUGUACCCUCUAUAAGUGUUGUUGAAUUAGAAAUAUGUUAAAAUAAAAAUCUUUUAGUAUGAAAA